AACAUUGUACUUAGUUUUGUUUGCGACAGUACGAGUAAAGAUGGCACGAAAACUACACUACUUCAACUUCAAUGGCCUGGCUGAGCCCAUCAGGUACAUGCUCCAUUAUGGAGGACAGAAGUUUGAAGAUGUCCAGUACGAAUUCAGCAAAUGGCCGAUACAAAGCAUCAAAGACUCGCUGCCGUAUGGCCAGUUCCCUCUUUAUGAAGAAGGUGGAAAGACCCUGAACCAAUCUCUAGCCAUCGCUCGGUAUGUUGCCAGCCAAACAAAACUUUUGCCCACCGAUCCUUGGGAGCAGGCAGAACUUGAUGCUAUUGUUUUGAACAUCUACGACUUUUGGGCAAAGGUUGUAUCUUUCAUCAAGGAAAAGGAUCCAGUAAAGAAAGCCGCCAUCAAAAAGGAAAUCCUUGAGGAAACUGUCGAUUAUUACUUCACAAGAUUUGAAAAGGAAUUAAAGAAAAACAACGGAUUUUUCGGCAAAAAGCUGAGCUGGGCUGAAUUCAUUCUGGUUGGAAUAAUUGAAGCCAGUCACUUCUUCAUUGGUGAGGAGAUCCAUAAGAAAUAUCCAACGAUUGUCAACCUUGUCAACAAGUUCCGUGCAUUACCAGGGGUCAAGGAAUACAUCGCAAAGAGAACUCCAUACACUAUUUAAAUUAUUAACGAUUAUGUCUCGAAUAAAGUGUAAUAGUUUCUGUUGA